UCCGCGCAGAGCGCAGCCUGCAGUGGGAGAGUGGCUGGAGCCCCCCGGGUGACUGCGCCAUGGGAGCCUGGGGACUCAGCCUGGGGGUCCUGCACUGUCUGGGGGUCUACUUGCAGCUGAGCUAUGGGAACAGGCACAACACGGCAGAUGCAUUGUUCACUGAGACGCCACAUGACGUUAGUGCACACCCUGGUGAGGAUGUCGAGAUGGCAUGUUCCUUUAGAGGCAGUGGUGACAUCCCUUACUCUCUGGAAAUUCAGUGGUGGUACACGCGCAAUCACAGAGACUGGGCAAACAAGGAGACAUGGGCAGAAAGCCAGCUCAAAUCUCUCCCUGGAACCCUUGAGAAAGGAGCCACUAAGAUAAGUGUGGUAAAGGUCUUUGGGAGCAACAUCUCACACAAAUUGCGCCUAUCCAAUGUCAAGACCUCGGACGAGGGAACCUAUGAGUGCCGUGUAAUGGAUUAUAGUGAUGGUAAGGGGCGACAGCACCGCGUUAAGGCUUUCCUGCGUGUUGAACAAGAGAUAGGCAGGAGAGUAACAAAUCCACAUCGCAUGCAAGAUACUGGCACUCAUCGCCAUUUUCCAGGGAAGGAGUUGAAGAAGCGGGCAGCAGUACCCUGCGAGCAGUGCCAGCUGUAGACUGUCAGAUGUGCAAAGUGUACAGAGGAGUGCAUGAGAGGCAUCACCCCAUUCUUAUCUCAACACCCCAAAGUUAAACUUCACUUCUCCUUUUAAGAGUGGAGAAUGACUUUAAAAUUCCACCAAGUGGUGCCCCUAUUCAUGCUGGAAAAAUGUAAUAAGUCUUGAUAAGACUAAUAAAAUAGGCAAGGAGCAGGUUUCUUCACUUAACUGUCUCCAACCACUGCAACUCAAUCACCAGCAACUGAUUUACUCCAGUGUUGCCCUGCAGCUGCAAACGGUGGCUCAUAUUGAUGUACCAUUUAAUUUAAAUUUGCUCAUGUUGUCUGACCGUUGGCUUUGGGGACAUUAAGGUUUGUGCUUAGUAUUAUACAAAACUACAAAUGCUGUGAUGUCUUUGGAAAGUGUUUUAAAACAUAAGGCUGGGCAUUUAUUUUCUGUCACAGAAGGAAUAGGGACAAUCCCAAUUUCCCUUUUACCAUAGCAGUUAACUCAUUUUUCUCUUUAGCUUCAAGGGGGAUUUAUUUAAUUAUGGCACCUGUUUACUGACAGUAUUAUCGUACAUAUGUUGUACAAACUCUACAAAGUUUAAAAUAAAGUUAUGUUAUAAAUUGGUGAAAAAUAAUUGAACUUGGGACUGACCAUCAAACCCACUAAACAUAUAAUUACAAAUGCCCCCUUUUGGACUGAUCUUGUAAGCUAUUAAAAUGCUCCUCGUUUACUGUGGUCCUAAUUGGGGCCAACAAUCAUUUUGUUUGUGAUCAAGCAUCUCACAACUGCUAAUAAGACUGGAACGCGAAAUGCGUGAGCUGAACCAUCUUUUAUGGGGCAUUGCUAACAGAACUUUUAGGCAAUGCUUAUUCCUGUACUCAUUCAUUUGUUAGGGGCUUUGCAGUAAAGCAAUCCACCACGGGGGGAUAACCCAUUGCAUUUUACAAUUAUUUAUUGGACAAUGAACCAAAAAAGAUGCGCUUGUACAUUUAACACUUUCACCUCCUGGGGAACAGUACAUUUGUUUUACUAUUGCCAGUUGUUAUUUAAAGAACUUCAUAUUUUGGCUGUAACAAAUGUAAUCAUGGCAUAAUUUACUAAGGAUAUGCCACCUACUAUGUACCUACCUUGUACAUGCUGUUGCUUUUUCAGGAACCAUGGUGUUGGUUUAUUAUAUAUUUAAGCUCAUCACAUGGUAAACCAGCCCUAAGGUGCUUUAUUGCUUAUAUGUGACUACACAAUUCUACAAUGUACUGAAAAUUCAGUCCCUUUCACCUUUUCAUCUCCCUUUUUCAUGAGUGGUUCCUGUCUCACAUUUCCUCUCCCUCCGUGGCACCAGAUGCCUCUCUGGAUGUAAAUAAAGCUGUUGGUUGUCCCACA